ACUGAAAACCUUUGCUAUUCUUUUGAGGUUGCUUGGAACAUUCUAGUGAUAGCUAGGGUCAAGAGCCAUAGUGGUCAAACACCAGUGGCCUAUUGGACUUUGCCUGAUUUUCAAACUGGAAAUCUGGAAAAUUUAAACGAGAAAACCCAGAGGCCGAGCCGCUGGUUUUCUGUAAAGUCAAAAACAAUGCUGCCCACAGUAAUAUGAUUUUAUAGAACAAAUACUUCCAUUUAGGACCUUUUCCUCGUUGGGUUUGCUCCAAUCCAACGAAACACUAUAUAUACCGACACUAGGGGCACACAGAAGUUCAUCCCAAACAGUGAAAAAGAUAGAAGUUUGCUCACGUUAAGAAGCACUAGAGGUACCAACUUUUGUUCCAAAGCCAAAGACAAGAGCAUUGUGAUGGGGCGUUGGAUUAGGCCUGAGGUUUACCCGCUAAUGGCUGCGAUGACAUUUGUGACAAGUUUGUGCGUAUUUCAGCUUACAAGGAAUGUAAUCCUCAACCCGGAUGUCAGAGUGAACAAAGCUCACCGGAGAAUGGCGGUGCUGGAUAACGAAGAAGAGGGAGAGAGGUAUGCCGAACAUGGCCUCCGGAAGUACCUCCGAACCCGCCGGCCGGAGGUCAUGCCUACCAUCAACCACUUCUUCUCUCAUUCUCAAGAAGAUAAAUGAUCACGAUCCAUGCAGACUCAUUAUGCCAACGAUCGAACAUGGAAUAAUAUCAAUUUAGUUUAGUUUACACUUUACAGGUUUUAUAUCUAGUUUUUGCGUUUGUAGUUCUAUAUCUUGGGCCUCUUGAUGAAAUUUAACAAGUGGCCAUCUACAUGUAUGUUUCUUCCAUUUUUGUUUCUGUCAUGAAUAUAUAAUAAGAAUGGGUCAUGCAUGCACUCAUUGGUCUCGA